AUGGUCGCGGUGGAGACGGGGCCCGCCAUCGCGGUUGAUCCGGCGGCGGACGUCGUCAGCGCGGUGAGGGACGGCGCCGGCAGCAUCGGCCCGGUGAGGGACGGCGCCGUUGUCAUCGACGCGGUGGAGCCACUGGAAAGCGCCGGCGGUGGUGGUGGCAGCGACAUGAUCGGAACUUGUGCAGCACAGCCGUAUGUACAAGAAGCAGAGCGCAUCAGUUCAUGCUCGAGCCCCGAAGAAGGUAGCAAUGUUUGGGUUUUGCUCAAGGAUGUGGGACACUAUUUAAAGGUUCUAGUGGCGAUGCCGACAGUCGUCGAGAGGUUUGUGGACUGGACGGUGUCGUGGCUGCCGAUGUAUGGAGAUGCGAAGCUGUUGGUCGUCAUCUACCUCUGGCACCCCAGCACACGAGGUGCGGGGCACGUGUACGAUCGCUUCCUCCAUCCACUGGUGGCGUGGCAUGAGGCCGACAUCGACCGGGGCCUUCUUGAGCUGAAGGCUAGGGCGAGGGACGUGACGGCGUCACAACUCAAGGCGGUGGCUGCCAUCGGUCCAGUGUGGCUCGUUGAGGGUGCCCGCUGUGUUUCAUCGCAGAUGCAGGCCGUGAGAUCAGGUCGGGAAGGCGCCACGCAUUGA